AUGAACAAUCCCUCGGCCCACAACAAGAAAAGCUACACAAAACUCAAUAAAGCGGUUAAGUAUGAAGUGAAGAAGUGGAAGAAGAAAAUUCUUGGUACGGAGGUGGAAGAGAUUGAAUUAGCGCAAGCAAAGAACAACAGCCACGAGCUCUUCCAAAUGGUCCUCAUGAGAAUACAGGGAACCAUCGAGAAUCAUCUGACUGAGGAACAAUGUGGAUUCAGAAGUUGUAGGGGCACCACAGAUGUUGUGUUUGCCGUUAGACAGACCAUCGAAAAGGCCAGAGAAAGAAGGAUACCAAUCCACAUGAACUGUGUUGACUUUAAAGCAGCAUUUGAUACCAUAUGGCGAGAAGCUCUCUGGAAAUGCCUGCGUUCCAUUGGAGUGGACAAGUCCUUAGUUGACCUCAUAGAGAGCAUGUACAAACAAACCAAAUGGUCUGUUAUGGUGAAUGGAAAGAUAACUGAAUGGUUUGAUGUCAUAGCUGGGGUAAGACAAGGAUGCCUCCUCUCUCCAAGUCUCUCCAAUCCAUUCCUGGAAUAUGUGAUGAAGGACAUCCAACAACUAGAUAGUGGAAUACAGAUGGGAGACAUGCGUAUCAACAACAUCAGAUAUGCAGAUGACACCACCCUUAUGGAACUCGUAUUUGAAAACCUCCAAAUCUCAACAAAUGAACUGGAGAAGGCAUGUAGAAGAUGGGAUAUGAAAAUAAAUGCAACAAAAAGCGAAUUCAUGACAGAGGAUCAACAAGAUAUUUUACUAAACAACACCAACAUUGAGAAAGUGGAAAAAUUUGUCUUUCUCGGCAGCAAAGUUCCUUCCAUAGAAGAGGACGUGAAGAGACAUAUUUCUAGGAGACUCAAAGUCAGGAUCUACAGAGCACUUAUCCUCCCUAUUGCCACAUAUGGAGCAGAAUCCUGGACUCUCCGAAAGUCUGAUAGAAAUAAGCUUGAGGUAUUUGAAAUGAGAUGUCUCCGAACCACCCUUGGAGUUCACCUAUUGGACAAGAUAAGUAACGAUGAGAUCAGGCAGAGGCUGGACGUCCCAAGCACCAAAUGCGAAGAAAUAAUCAAACGUCGCUUGAUAUGGUUUGGCCAUGUUUUACGCAUGCCGCAUCACUGCCUACCAUACCAAGCAUUCCAGAAUGACUUUAAUGGACGCAGACCACGGGGACGCCUUACAAAGAGAUGGACCAGGUUCGAUGCGAUGUGGGAUUACCCACACAAGAGGCAGAGCAACGAGCCGAGGACAGAUCAGACUGGAGCAUGA